UUAAUAUAAAGGAGACCGAGACCUCCACGUUGUCAUUGCCAACGACUCCUCGAUCUUCUCAUUUUUCUUCCGCGGGCGAGAGAUCGGAUCUCAAGCGGAUUUCGCGCUCUCCGACCCGAAUCCGGUAAAACUCCCGGCGUAAGAGAAGUAAAAUUUGUAACAAUGAAGGCACUCAUUCUUGUUGGAGGAUUUGGAACCCGUCUGAGGCCGUUGACGCUUAGCGUUCCAAAGCCGCUCGUUGAUUUUGCGAACAAACCCAUGAUCUUGCAUCAGAUUGAAGCCCUGAAGGAAGUUGGUGUAACAGAAGUUGUUCUCGCCAUCAAUUACCAACCAGAGGUGAUGCUCAACUUUCUGAAGGAGUUUGAGACUAAGGUUGGCAUCAAAAUCACUUGUUCUCAAGAGACUGAACCCCUUGGAACUGCAGGUCCCUUGGCUUUAGCCAGAGACAAGCUAGUAGAUGGUUCUGGUGAGCCCUUCUUUGUUCUCAACAGUGAUGUCAUCAGCGAAUACCCUUUUGCCGAGCUGAUCAAGUUCCACAAAUCCCAUGGUGGAGAGGCAACUAUUAUGGUAACAAAGGUAGAUGAGCCUUCGAAGUAUGGUGUUGUUGUUAUGGAAGAGAAAACUGGAAAGGUCGAAAGAUUCGUAGAGAAACCCAAAAUGUUCGUCGGCAACAAAAUCAAUGCUGGCAUCUACCUCUUGAACCCCUCCAUCCUUGAUCGAAUCCAAUUGAGACCCACCUCAAUCGAGAAAGAGGUUUUCCCCCAAAUCGCCUCUGACAAAAAACUCUUCGCUAUGGUUCUACCUGGUUUCUGGAUGGACAUUGGUCAGCCAAAAGAUUACAUCACAGGCCUUAGACUCUACCUCAGCUCUUUACGCAAGCAAUCAUCUUCGAAACUAGCUGUUGGUCCUCACAUUGUGGGAAAUGUUCUAGUGCAUGAGACUGCUGUGAUUGGAGAUGGAUGCCUUAUUGGGCCGGAUGUUGCAAUUGGUCCGGGCUGUGUGAUUGAGCCUGGGGUGAGGCUAUCAAGGUGCACAGUGAUGAGGGGCGUUCGAAUCAAGAAACAUGCUUGCAUCUCUAGCAGCAUCAUUGGGUGGCAUUCUACAGUUGGGCAAUGGGCUAGGAUUGAGAAUAUGACUAUUCUCGGCGAGGAUGUGCAUGUUUGCGAUGAGGUGUAUAGUAACGGAGGUGUUGUGCUCCCUCACAAGGAGAUCAAGUCCAGCAUCCUGAAGCCUGAGAUUGUUAUGUGAUUGGGUAUUGGUUGGGUGGGUGGUUUGAUUCGGUUUUAGCGAGUGUAGUUGUUGUAUUUAUGUUUAAGAACUGUUUUGAGCCUGGAGUUUGUAGAUAGAAGUUAGAAAGUGACUUGUGUAACGAGAGAAGGGUGUGCUGCUGGCUCGCUUGUCAGUUCAGUUGUGUGUGUAUUGCAUUGUUUCUUUUUGUUCUCCUUUCUUCAUGCAUAAUAACAACAUCAAAACUUCAGUCUGGAGGUUUUGUUGAAA